CUCUCUCUCUCUCUCUCUCUUAAAUAUCCCAUUUUCUCCACCUCUCUCUCACAUAGCUAAAACUCCUUCCUUUUUUUUUUUUCUCUUCUCUCCCUCUACAUAGAAAAACAAGAUGGUAGUGGCAACUCAAGUUCCAACUCAAAGUGAAAAAGUCAAAGAAAUGGAGCUUCCAAUCAUAGAUCUUUCAAUCGAGAGAUCAAAGGUGUCGAGCCUCAUUGUAAAAGCUUGUGAAGAGUUUGGUUUUUUCAAGGUUAUAAACCAUUGCGUCCCUGAGUUCGUUAUCAAAACAAUGGAAGCAGAGAGCUGGGGAUUUUUCGCGAAACCGGGAUCCGAAAAGCAACGGGCGGGGCCGGCAAACCCGUAUGGGUACGGAAGCAAGAGCAUAGGGUUUAAUGGGGAUGUUGGUGAGGUUGAAUAUCUUCUUCUCAGCACCAACUUUCAAUCCAUUUCUCAAAGAUCCAAAACUAUCUCCAAUGACCCCAUCAAAUUCAGGUGUGCAGUGAGUAGUUACAUAGAAGAGGUGAGGGGUCUGGCAUGUGAAAUACUGGAUUUGAUGGCAGAGGGAUUAGGGGUCCCACACAGUACCCCACCAUCAGUAUUUAGCAGUCUAAUCAGGGACGUUGAUAAUGACUCACUCCUCAGGCUAAAUCACUAUCCACCGCUGAUCAAGGAUAGAGACACGUCACCUUCCCCGUUCCAUCAUACUCAUAUUCCUAGUAGUAAUCUCCAUCAUCACCACCACCACCACCAUCACCAUCAUAAUCAUAAUCAUAACAACAACAACAACAGGAUUGGGUUCGGAGAGCAUACAGACCCUCAGAUCUUGACAAUUCUGAGAUCCAACGACGUGGGUGGCUUACAAAUCUCUCCUGAGGAUGGGGUGUGGGUCCCUGUUUCUCCUGACCCCAAUGCUUUCUUUGUCAAUGUGGGUGACGUCUUACAGGCCAUGACAAAUGGAAGGUUUGUGAGCGUGAGACACAGAGCCCUAGCAAACUCAAACAAGCCCAGAAUGUCAAUAGCCUAUUUUGGUGCACCCCCUCUCCACUCAAGGAUCACCCCACUGCCUGAGUUGCUGAUUCCGGGCUUCAGGCCCGCAUUGUACAGGCCCUUCACUUGGGCUGAAUACAAGAAAGCUGCUUACUCUCUCCGGCUCAGCGAUAGUCGUCUCGACCUUUUCAGAACUCAGGAACGAGAUGUCGAAACUGCCUGAUUAUACGAUACGAGCUCACGACACCAAAGUAACACGAUAAUUGAUUACCAAAAAAUGUUUUGUUUUAUUCUCCCGCAAGGGGAAUUUUGUUUUUUAUAGACUUUUCCAGAAUUUAUGCUCACCUUUUUUCUUUUUUUUUUUUGGGGUCUUGAAAUUUUCGUUGUUAAACAAUCGAUGCAAAUUAUUUGUAGGAAAAUGGGGAUUAUUCUGUGU